UAAACUGGUCUGUUGCGUUGGCUUGCUAUUCCUACUAUGAAAAUACCACAAGUCAAAACGAAAUACAAAAAAGGAAAUAUGCAGAUUCCGUUGAAGAAUUCAGACUAUAUCCAGGCUUGAAUAACUGUUACGAGGUUUAUCGUUCACACGAAGUAAACUCCUACAGCUGCAGAAAAAGUGCAAAUCCUAAUAAUUAUUCCUGCAUUUAUUGGCUACCAGGAGAAAAACAUUGCUUGGGUUUAAACACUCCAAACAACGAAACAGUCGAAUUAGUAUGCGGUGACUCUCGAGAAGAUGUCCUUUCCUACAAAACUUUUUCUACAAUUAAAAACUGUUUCAGUAUUUACAGCCCCAAUAAGCAACUGGGAAAAGUCUGCCAACAGAAAUUUGGAAAUUAUGGCAUAGGCGUAACAACUCCUAGUAAUUACUCCAUAUUAUUCGAUUCCUUCUUUUGCCCUGCAUAUAAAACCUCUGAGCAGCUCCAGGAGUACAAGGAAUUUAUCGGCAACUUCACUUUUGACCCUAGUAUUCGAAGCUGUUACAAGGUUUAUGAACCAGAUCAAGACAUUAGUCCGUAUACAUGUUUGAGUGACAAGGUAUACAACGCUUGUAUCCAUCUGCUGGAAAACAGUAACUGUAUGGGAAUAACAACACAGAAUAAUGAAACUAUCGUUUUGGAAUGUUCGAAUGAUGCAAAGGUAGUGAACAAGACAAGUUGCUUCAAAAUAUAUACACCUGAUAACAAAAUACACAUUGUCUGUCAGAAGCAGGUAGAAGAGCGAUGUGUAGGAUUAGUUACGCCAAGUAACUUGACUGUACUUUUUGAAUGUCACACCUGUGUUUCAACUAAAGGCGGAUCAGACUUGCCCGUUUACACUGACGGAUAUAGAAAAGUUUUUCGUUCUUUUAUAGAAUUCUCACUCUAUACCAUUACACAAAAUAAUGACGCUCUAGUAAACAAGACAACUCUUAGUGUCUAUACACCAGAGCAGGACAUAAAAUUCACAGAUUGCUAUAAUGAAAUAAAGAAUUAUGAGAUUCAUAUACUACAUGGACAUGAAAACUGUCGAGGAAUUACGAUGGAAAGUUUCGAAACUGUAGUUCUGGAUUGUUCCAAUAAGGUGCCUGAAAGAGUGGGAUGUUAUGAUGUCUUCAGUCCGGUUUUCAGCGAAGAUAAUAAAAUAAUUGGACCCGAUCGCAAGGUGGGUAAUGUUUGCGUAAGAAUUUUAAAUGAAUGGUGUGUGGGACUAACAACUCCUAAAAAUUGGACUAUACCUUUAAGUUGCCUCGAAGUACCAGAUCUGAUGUGUCCUUUAAGCAGUAACACCCAGUAGCAGUCAUCAAAGAAUAUGUUUGUUGAAUUAAUAAUUAGUUGUGUACGAUCAUGUAAAUU